AGAGCGUAUAUAACUGCAGUUUAAUUUAGAACCUCCACAGGUUUCGGGCGAAGAAAUCUUUCAUUUCACUGCGAUUUGACCUAAAAGGUUUCAUUAAAAAUAUCAAGCUCUCUUAACUGAUGAUGACGAACAAUGGGCGAAAAAAACGGCGAUGAAUUAGAACUCCGAGCACUAGUAAAUCAGACUGAAAACGAACAGAACAAUUAUGGAAUCAGUAGGAAAAAAAGUGAAGACUCAAGCACAGGUAAGCGUGUCUUUAAACAUGAGUGGUUUAUCAAGACGCCAUCAUUUUACAACGCCUAUGAAUUUGAGAUCAGUAAGAAAGAUAACGAAACUCAAUAAGCAUUCAUGAUUGAUGUUGAAAUCGUUAAGAACACUGUUGAGAGGAUUGAAUACCCAUCCCGUUAAAUAAAUCGAUCGAAACAUUGAAUGAAAAGGUUUCAAACCACGCUGUAGACCUCGAAGUAAAAUUAUUGCGUGUUUUCGGACUAAAACUGUUUGAAAAUAACUAAUUUACAAAAUAAUUGGCGUGAUUAUAAUUUAGGAACUAGUUAGCCCGCUCACUAUGUUAUUUCCUUAGAUUUCUUAUCCUGGAAACUCCUCCAGAAAUCUCCUCUGAUUUCAUUUUCUUUAAUAUUUUAUACUAUGGAAAACAAAAAUAAUUUUCAUUGGAAACCAUUGGACAAAAUUCUUUCGAGAGGGUUGGUUUUGGAGAGUACAAAAGACAAUGGUAAAAUUACAUAAACACAAGCUUAUUUUCAUAAAGGUAUUCUCUAUUUAACAGACAAAGGAGAUGAAUUUUACGCAUUUUGGAGAAAAGCGGCCAUUUGUGUUUCGUGUGCGUCUAUCAUUUUGACCACAGGAUUUGGAGGAACAUUUUUCGGUAAGUCAUUUUUUCAAAAUUAAUACAUCAUGCCUUUUAAUUUAAGUCGUUCAAUAUCAUCAAAUUAAUGGUGGAUAACCAGUUAUUGUCUAUAGAGUCGUUAAGUAGUAUUCAAAUCACAAUUUUUAGCUCGUUAAUCAAAAAUCCUUGUUAUUCUUUUCACAGUUUUUUCUCAAAUUGCUGGUAGUCCUGCGGCCUUUGGAUUUUCCGUAAGUGUCUUUUAUUUAAGAUCAUUAUAUAACUUUGCUAGUAACACUUUAUGCUAACACUAUUUUUUUAUUCACGGCUGGUGAAAUUAAUUCAAACAGGUGAAUAAAGCUUUGUUCUUGCGCUUUUUGACAGUCUCCGUUCAGUUUGGACCCAAAAGCAACUAUUGCAAAUUUGUAUAUUGAGGGGGUGUGAAGAAAAACACUCCUGGAGGUCGCUUUAAUUAGCUGUUAGACUUUUCAAACACAGCUGAUGUUUUAAUUAUAACAAAACUUGACGUUUCUGUUCUGCCUACGUAAAUGAAAAGCUCAUUAAGUUUUAGUGUGUAAUUUCAAAAAAGUAACUAAGCCACGUUAAAAUAAGAAAAAAAAUUAAACUGUUCGUGAUCUAUAUUUCAGCAAACGAAACAGCUUUGUAUUUAAACUAAUGUAGGGCAACUCCGAAGCCACAAGGGUUUCACAGUAUAAAAACUUUUGUAUGUAUGUUCAGGGUUACAGGUCGCUAUUUCAAGGAGCAAAGCAUUUGUGUAAAUAAGUCUAUAAUUCUUCAUAAAAUAAGACAUACUGUUCCAAAUCACUAAUAAUUGCAGUGUUUCGAAAAAGAUUGGUGGAUGAAUCAUGCUAAAACGGAGUUUCCGUCAUCUGCUUUACUUAAAUGUGUAGGCUUAAAGAAACUGUAAAGAAUAAAUGCUGUGAGAGUCAUCGAGAAGAAAUAUUCUCUAAAAUCCACUUGGUAAUAAACCAAAUCUUUCAUUAAAGGUUUGACAUUUAGAGUUACAUUUUCAUUCGCAGCACAAGGCUCUAAAGUCUUGCAAAUUUUCUGUUUUUGUUUCUCGGGAACAAAAGGGUUCUCUUUCUCUAUUAAUAUCUUGUUUGUCUACGGCUUGUUCUGCCGUUGGACUUAUUCCCCGUUUUAUGAAAGUAGAUGGACAUUGUUAAAGACUGAAAAUAACUUUAAAGUUAUCGAAAUUUCCUCUCUGAAAAUGUUGAUUCACUUGCAGCUUGCAGCCGUGUUAGACUCUUUCAGUUCAGCAGUAGUUCUUUGGAGAUUUUCCUUCAAUGAAAGCCGGAAGGAUUCAAACUCGUUGGAACGAGAACGAAGGUUCGUAUACAUCGCUUUAGCUUCUUGCAAAACUUCGGGAACCUCCGUUUUUCAUCGGCCACAAGGAUCGACAAUAUUGCGCACGAUAUCCCGCGCUCUGAUUGGCCCCGUGCAAGGCACUCCAAAUAUGUACACCGGAAUCUGGAACCGGCUGCUCAUGAAAUACAGCUGCCAUGCAAGCACUAAAGAUUUUAUUGUCAUAUAAUUAAUUUAAUUGUUUCCCGAACAGGAGACAUUCCCUGAAAUAAAUUUUGCACGGGUCACAAGGCACGUGACUGGAGUUGAAAAAAAUUUUGAAAUCAAUUUUUUUUUUGCAUUUAUUACUUCGUAGGGCAUGUUUAGCGAUAGCCAUAUGUUUUAUCCUCUCAGCAUUUGCCAUAGCAGCAAAAACCAUCUUCACCUUACUGAAGGACAAAAUACCAACCAAGGCAAGAGAAAAAAUUAUAUCAAAACACCCAUCAAAAAUUUUUGAACGCUUUGACUCCUAAGUUCUGUUCGUCAAUUUUCCCAUCGAGCUUCUAAACAUUUCCUUGUGAUUUAGUUAUGAGAAUUUGGUGUUCUAUCAUAGUAACGUCUACCUGAUAAGUUUGAGUAAUCUGGAUAAUGUAUGGAUAUUAUGGGAGAAGAUACAUGUUAAUCACAUUUAAUUUUAGUUAAUUUUAGGAUGUAAAGGGUUAACGUGCCUCCUUAGCAUGGGAAAAAAACUGUUUUCUGAUUCAUAGGAUUUGUUGUAUACAGUUACACUGCAAAAGCCGUUAGCUUUUGAUAAAUGCGUAGAACUCAGUGAAUUUUAUGUCAAUUGCAGGAGUUUUUGAUGGAGAUAUUGUCAGGUAGCAGCUUGGUUUACCUGGUAUUUCUGACGGCUUUCAAAUGUAUAAUAGCAGAAAAACUCGAGAGCCGAGCAAUGAGGAUAGAUGGUAACACAUACAUGAAAUGUUUGGAAUACUCAUUCUAGCGUUUCAAAUUUGAUAAAUUCUCAUUUUUUGGAAUUUCUCGCCUCGUGAAGUAAAAGAUAAUAUUCCGAGAGCGAUACUUUCCACCAAAGCAUGGAUGAUAAAGCGUGUUUUCUUCGUCUCUUUUCAAUUUUGCGAUCAAAUUGCUUUCCAAGAACUUUACUAAGCCACUUGAUCAUCACACAACAUCUUUUGGAGCUCGUGUCACGCAGAAAAUGCAGAAUGGUACUCAACUUUUCGCGCUGUCGACCACAAAUCGAACUUUCGUUUAAGGUUAACGGAUAAGACUUGAAUUUACUCAAAUAUUUCACUUGGAAAGCCGCAAUUGCGAGGGUCCGCUCGAGAAAUUCCUGCUUUGAUGCAUUAAUUACUAAACAUCCUAGAUAAUGUCUUCACUAACCUUAUGUGUUUCUUUUUACCUUUUCAAUUCUCUCUAGCGAUUAAUUCUUUGGCUGGUGCUAUUAUGACCCUCGGUAUGGUGGCUAGUGAUGUCAUCUGUUCAAACAACCCGAAAAUCUGUUACCUGGACUCUGUCACUGCGAUUUUGAUAGCUGUAGCGCUCUUCAGUUAUGGUGUCAUGUAAGUAUAACAACUGUUGCCAUUUCUCCCAGCAUGCAUCACCAUCGCUGAUGCUAAAGGAGGAAAAUCCUGCGCAACGUUUGUCCCAUGGGUAGGGAGGUAGAACAGUGUAUUCACGUUCUCAGGAUGACUUUAAGUGGACCUAAACUAGAUUUUAAUUUUUUUUCACUUCUUUUCUUCUGAUUUAUAUUUCUAAGGACCAUCACAGACCUGAAAACAGGCAAGGAGAAGAAACCACCGCGUGACUGA